AACAUUCUCACUGUUGCCACAACAACAGUGUAAACAAACUGAACGCGUCCCAGGUGGUGCGUUUCAAAUGUUUUAAAGCCAGAAAAACGCACUCCGCAACAUUUAUCCACCGGAUAUUGUCUGACGCAGUAACCUUAAGAUUUUAAACAUGACAACACUUGUGCUUCAACCAAAAUCAAUGACACGUGCCACUGAGUGGAGCGCACAAGUAGAAGAAGCCUACAGAUUCCAGCUUGCUGGUUACCGAGAUGCUAAUGAGUACGGCUCUUUUCAUGGGAAAAAUGUUGACAGGUGGCCACACAAUGGUUUUGUGAAAAAGUUACAACGGAAAGAUGGCUGUUUCUACUACUUCAACAAAGAGAGAGAGUGUCCUGAAAAAGACAUUCCCAAAUGUAAACUCUACGCAUACUGAAGCCAUUGGUGUAUCAUAAGACUGGAUUGGAAUUUGUUGAAGCUGCUGAGCAGCAGUGAACAUAGAAAAGUGACUUCAUUGUGUGACCCUGCAAAAAAAGUGCAAAUGUUGUUUAACUGGAAAUGUAAACUUUUAGUUGUCAAGAACAUACUGACAUGGGACUGUCAUGAUUUGUUUAUAAGCCAGUUUUAUAAAUAUUAACAAUAAACUAUGCCUUGGUACUAUGUUCAGGCUGUUAUUCAGCAGUAAAACACAGCAGUAUGGUGUUUUCAUUCUAAGUCAUUCGUGUCCAUAUUUACAUAUACAGCAAUUAUUAUAGUUUCCCACUGGUGGGGUGACAUACAGCACUUGAGAUUUGAAUCAAUAUUUCUUCAUCCAAUUUUGAUUUCCUGGCAAAUAUUUUUGAGGAUACAUUUAGUAUCACUGAAUGAUAUAGUACACAUUUAGAUGCUUGCUUACAUUUUCUUGACCAUUUGAAAUAUUUAUUUUACCCAUGUUCCAA